AUGAAGACGACCGCGCUGCUGCUGUCCCUCGCAGCGAGCGUGCAGGCGUUCGACGCCGUCUCCCACCGGCGGCUCAUGAACGCGCAGAUCGGCAAGGAAGUCGUAGCUGCUGCCCCAAUUGCGCCCGAGCUGCCCGCCAAGCUCGCUGCAUUCGCGAUCCCCGGCGACGGCGCCGAUAAGGAUGCCGACAAGGACGACCAGAACGAGGACGGAGACAGCAACAAUGGCGACGAGAGCCAGGGCAAGGAGGGCGAUGACAAGGACGCCGCCGAGGAGAAGCCCAAGAAGGAGAAGGACCAGUACGGCGCCGACAUCACCAAGACGCGGUUCGGCCCCUUCUGCUUCGACCAGAAGGUGUCCCACUUUGACGAGGGCGAGAAGCGCACCUUCUGCCAGCGGUACUGGGUCGACAGCCAGUACUAUGUCGAGGGUGGGCCAGUCUUUAUCCUCGACGGAGGCGAGACGGAUGGUGCCAAUCGAGCUGACGACAGUAUCCCCUUCAUGGAGCAGGGCAUCCUGCAGAUCCUCUCGAACGCGACGGGCGGCAUGAGCGUAAUUCUCGAGCACCGGUACUACGGCGCGUCGUAUGUGACGGAGGACCUGUCGACGGACAACCUGCGCUGGCUGAACAACAAGGAGUCGCUCGAGGACAGCGCCGAGUUCAUCCGCAAGUUCCCCGUGCCGAAGGAUGUGCAGAAGAAGCUCAAGAACAAGGACGUAUUCAAGCCCGAUUGCACGCCGUACAUCUACUACGGCGGGUCGUAUGCCGGUGCGCGGGCCGCUUUCAUGCGCAAGGAAUACCCCGACCUCGUGUUCGGCGGGAUCGGCUCCUCAGGCGUGACACACGCGCAGGUCUACUACCCCGAGUACUUUGACCCGAUCAUCACCUACGGCGAGCCGGCAUGCAUCAAGGCGAUGGAGGAGAGCAUUGCGUCCGUCGACGAGCUGCUGGACAAGAGCGCCGAGACGAAUGCGGCGCUGAAGAAGCUCUUCGGGCUCGAGGCGCUGAACGAUGUCGACUUUGCCGGCGUGCUGCAGUACCCCACCGGCGGGUGGCAGGGACAGAACUGGGACCCCGCCGUGGGAUCCACAGACUGGGCCGACUGGUGUCGCGCCCUCACCGUGCCGCGGAGCAACGCCGACGCCACCGUGGCCGGCAUGUCUGUGCCGGGCUCUCUGCUCAACUACGCCGACUAUGUGCGCGACGAGAUCAUCAAGCCGUCCUGCCCCAGCGGCGACAUCCAGGGCUGCUUCGCCGAGGGCCCCGACUCGGAUUACCAGAACACGUCCCUGUCGCAGACCUGGAGGCUGUGGCAGUUCCAAGUCUGCACGCAGUGGGGAUACUUCCAAGUCGCGCCCAAGCCGGGCAAGCGCACGAUUGUAUCCCGCAAGCUCACGCUCGACACGGCGCACAAGAUCUGCAAGCAGGCCUAUCCCCCGGGAGAGCACUUCUCCGUCCCCGCCUGGCCCGACGUGCACGAGACCAACAGCCGUGGCUCCUACUACAUUGCGUAUGACCGCCUCGCGUUCAUCGACGGCGAGAUCGACCCGUGGCGUCCCGUCACGCCUAAUGCGGACGUCGCGCCCAAGAGGAACAGCACGACGUCCCCGCCCAACUGGAUCAUCCCCGGUGGCGUGCACCACUAUGACGAGAAUGGCCUCAAGGACCACUUAAAGGAGCCAAAGCAGAUUCAGGAGGUGCACGCGUUCAUGGUCGACUUUGUCCACAAGUGGCUCGAGGGCAAGGAUGAUGAAGGCCAUGGUCAUGGCAACGGACAUGGACAUGGACACGGAAACGGAAACGGAAACGGCCAUGGACACGGGAACGGCCACGACAACGGGAACCACGACGGGUGGGAGAAUGGGAAGGGCCACGACAAGGACCAUGGUAACGGCCACGGAAACCACGAUCACGGGGACCAUGGCAACUAG